AUGGCGGCUGAGCUUCAAAACCUUCAGGAUCUGAGGCAUACUGCCUCACUAGCCACCAAGGUGUUUGUUCAGAGGGACUACAGCGAGGGCACCGUCUGCAAGUUCCACACCAAACUUCCAGCAGAACUCAACAGCAGGAUUGAGCGGACCCUGUUUGAAGACACCGUGAAGACACUCAAUAACUACUAUGCAGAGGCCGAGAAGAUCAGCGGUCAGUCUUACCUGGAAGGCUGCUUGGCCUGUGUGUCAGCUUACGUUAUAUUCCUCUGCAUGGAGACACAAUAUGAGAAGGUCUUAAAAAAGAUCUCCAUGUAUAUUCAGGAGCAGAAUGAGAACGUUUAUGCACCCCGAGGACUUCUUAUCACUGACCCUAUUGAGAGGGGCAUGAGAGUGAUAGAGAUCUCUGUCUUUGAGGAUCGCAGCUCCACCGGCUCCAGUUCCAGUGGUAGCUCCGCAUCUGGCAGCAGUGCUCGGUGA